AUGGCCGCGAACUGCGCGGGGGCCGCGGGGACGGCGGCGGCGGCCGUGGGCUCGGCCGUGGGCUCGGCCCUGAGCGCCAGCAAGACCAAGACCAAGAAGAAACACUUCGUGUGUCAGAAGGUGAAGCUGUUCCGGGCCUCCGAGCCGCUGCUCAGCGUCCUGAUGUGGGGGGCGAACCACACGCCCUGCUCCCAGAUCUGCUCAGGGAUUUCUGUGGGUCUAGCCCUGCUCCCAGAUCUGCUCAGGGGUUUCUGUGGGUCUGGCCCUGCUCCCAGAUCUGCUCGGGGGUUUUUCGGGGCCAGCCCCGCCGGGCGAGGUGGCGGCUCGGGGCGCCGUCCGACGUGCCCGCGUGUCCCGCAGAACUCGGUGACGCGCAGCGCGCCGGUGAACAGCGACAGCCAGGGCCGCUGCGGCGCGCGCUUCCUCACCACCUACGACAGGCGCUUCGUCAUCAAGGCCGUGUCCAGCGAGGACGUGGCCGAGAUGCACAACAUCCUCAAGAAGUACCACCAGUUCAUCGUGGAGUGCCACGGGAACACGCUGCUGCCCCAGUUCCUGGGCAUGUACCGGCUCACCGUGGACGGCGUGGAGACCUACAUGGUGGUCACCAGGAACGUCUUCAGCCACAGGCUGACCGUGCACAGGAAAUAUGACCUGAAGGUGAGCGGCUCUGGCCAGGAAGAUUCAGAGAAUAAAUUUAUUUAUAGGAUCUUCUCCAUGGAGAGACUGGCCAAGCAGAAUCAGAGAAUAAAUUUAUUUAAAGGAUCUCCUCCAUGGAGAGAGUGGCCAGGAAGAUUCAGAGCCAUCCGCAGCUGCCCCGUGCCGAUUCCCCCCUCUGUGCAGUUCCUAGCCCAGCUGCGGAUCAUGGACUACAGCCUGCUGGUGGGCAUCCACGACGUGGACCGGGCCGAGCAGGAGGAGAUGGAGGUGGAGGAGCGGGCGGAGGAGGAGGAGUGCGAGAACGACGGCCCCGGGGGGAACCCCCUGUGCUCCUACGGGACCCCCCCCGACAGCCCCGGCAACCUGCUCAGCUUCCCGCGCUUCUUCGGGCCCGGAGAGUUCGACCCCGCCGUGGACGUGUACGCCAUGAAGAGCCACGAGAGUGCCCCCAGGAAGGAAGUUUAUUUCAUGGCCAUCAUCGACAUCCUCACGCCCUACGACACCAAGAAGAAAGCUGCACACGCUGCCAAGACAGUGAAACACGGGGCCGGGGCCGAGAUCUCCACGGUGAACCCCGAGCAGUACUCGAAGCGUUUCAACGAGUUCAUCUCCAGCAUCCUGGCAUAGGGAGGAGCUGCAGGGCUGCAGGGGCUGCACGGCUGCGUGGCUGCAUGGCUGGACUGCACCGCUGCAGCAGCAGCAGCAGCAGUGGCACCUGGUGCCAAACCCAUCCUCGCCGUGGCACCGGCGCCCGAAUCUCCGAGGGCUUUUUCCAAACGAGCCGAGCGCCUCCUUCCAGCCCGGGGGACACCACCCCAAAAACUCUGGCACUGUCCCCAAAAGGUGACACCACCCCCAAAAAACUCUGGCACUGUCCCCAAAAGGUGACACCACCCCAAAAACUCCAGCACUGCCCCCCCAAAAACAGCGACGCCACCCCCAGAAGGGUGACGCCGUCGCCGAGGGUGACGCCGGAGCAGUGCCUGACUCGCCAACCACUCCUCGUUUUUUGGGGUUUUUUUGUGUUGUUGUUGUUGUUGGUUUUGGUUUUAUCGGACUGGAUUCGUCCAGAAAAAAAAAAAAAGAAAGAAAAACCACAAAAAAAAAAAACCACCCUCCCCCCACACAAAAAUCCCCUUUUUUUAUUUCCCUCUCGCUAGGAAUUGGAAGGAAACCAGCUCAGCAUUUCAAGGAUGGGCAAACAGAACUCUGGUAAAAAAAGGAGGAGUUGCUGAAUUUUAGGUAAAUUCAGACUGGGACACUUUAUAUUAAUUUUUUUGUUGUUGUUGUUAAUUUAAGGAACGGGGAAAGAAAAAAUAACACAAACCAUUUUUUUUGUAACUGCACUCGAUUUACAAGAAAGAUGAGGGAAAUGAACAUCUACCAAAGAUGAUCUCUGAAAAAAAAAUUCAAAAGGUGGAACUCUUAAAAACUAAAAACAAGCAGAGAAAUGAGAGAGGUUCAGCUCCUGAUGUGCUCAGAGCUGGGCUGAUUUCACUUGGCCAGCCCUGAAAAUUUCCUAAAAAGUUAAAAAAAAAUUAAAAAUAAAAAAAAAAAAGGCAUUUUUGUACCUGUAGAUCAGAUUUUGAGCCACUUCCUCAUGCAGGAGUGGCUCUGAGGUCACCACCACCAUCCUGCCAGUGUUAAUUAGGUAAUUAAUUAACCACCCAGUCUUCCUGCAGCAGCUACUGACAGAGCUCGCUGGGUUGGGUUUUUUUGGUGUUUUAUUUUUUUUUUUAAAUGUGAUUUUGCACAGCCUGGCUGCCGGGGGGGAGCGCUGAGAGCUGAGCUCAACCCCCCAGGAGAGAAAAUUCCAAAAUUUCCACCCAAAUUUCAUUUCCAGCCCCCCCUGAAGGAUUUUAGGACUGCUUGAAAUGACUGAAAUCUCAUUUUUUUAAAAUUAUUAUUAUUUUUUCUCCUUUAACCCUUUCACAGCCAAGCUGGGCAGCCUCGCCGUGGGUUUUGUUUGGUUUUUUUUUUUUUAUUUUAUUUUCAUUUCUCUUUCUAAGCAGGAUUUAAGAGUUUUGAACAAACCUCUCUGCAGUUGCUUCAUCUGCCUUGGAACUGUUUUUCACACUUGCCUUUUUUUUGGGAAUGUCAGUCCCGUGCUGUGACACUUUUUUUUGCUGUGUGGAAUUUUUUUUUGGUCCUUUUUUUCAGCCAUAAUUUGGUGCUUAUUUCCCCUAAAUUAACCCUGCCUUUGGGCUGGAUUCUGAAUGGGAUUUUAAAUUUUUUUUUUUUAAUUUUAUUUCCUUUUCAUCCCCUUCCUGAACGUGAAUCCCACCUCAGGAAAGGCUGGAAUUGAACCCCCCCGAGGGUGUGCACUGUAAAUAGAAUUAUGGAAAAAUAAAAAAUUAGGGGUUCUGAUGGGAUUUGGAGGGUUUUUGGCCCAAAUUUCAGUUCCCCCUUUGCUGUCUUAAGGUGUGGAGCUGAAAAAAGCCACAACCCAAAUGCAGCUAAAAAAAUACUUUAAAAAAAAUCAAAAUACUUCAAAAAUAUUUUAAAAAGGACUUAGAGGGCAUCAUCAGCUUCGUUUUGUGGGCAUUAUAUUGGUUUUUUCCUCUCUUAAUAAGCACUUAAGUUUACUGCUAAUUAGGAAUUGAACACAAAUUACUUUUUAUUCCUGACAGUUUUUAAAAAAACAAAAACAAAAACAAAAAAAAAAAUCUGCAUUGAAUCUGCAACUUUAACCUGGUAAGUUUGCCCUUCUCCCUUUGGGGGAAGCAGCUUGGAAUUUUUAUUCUCUUGAAAUCAUCUGUUUAAAAAAGAAUAAAUAAAUAAAAUAAAUAAAGAGGAGAAAAAAAAGGGGGAGGAAGAGAGCAGGAGGUGGGUGAACCCCACAGAGCAAACCCAGAGAAAAGGGAGUGAAAAUGGCAAAAAAAAACCAAACCAAAAAAUCUCCUUUAUUGAAUUGCAAAAUAAUGAAUAAAAGAAUCAAAAACCAGAAAAUCCUCACAGAUCUGACAAAAAACUGAGAGCAGGGAAAAUUUCCUUAUUCUAAACUCCUGCUGGGAUUAAAUUUGGGGUGAUCUGGGGGGGGGGUCCCACAAAAAUUCUGCCCCUUCCUAUUAAUGUUCAAAGUGAUUAAAUGUGAUUUUCUCACCUAA